AUGAUCUCGUGCAGCAGAUUCGACGGACAGCUACGGGAAUCGCCUCUUUCUCGGACUUACGUCGACCAACUCCGCAUCUGCCAGACGUAUCUCGAUACGCUUUCUCCAUCCAAUACCUACGGUGAUCUCCUCGGCAACCCAGCGCCUUCACUAUUGGCGGAGAGCGACGUCGAUCUGAGUGCCCUACUGCCAAUUCCAGAAAUUCGACCUCCAACUGUUCGACGAUAUGCCGAAGUGGACGUUGACUAA